AUGGUCCUCUGCGUUCAGGGACCUUGUCCUUUGCUGGCUGUGGAGCAGACUGGGCAGCGGCCCCUGUGGGCCCAGUCCCUGGAGCUGCCCGAACUAGCUAUGCAGCCUUUGCCUGUUGGGGCCUUCCUGGAGGAGGCAGCAGAGGAGUCCCCAGCCCAUCCAGAGAGUGAGCCUAAGGUGCUGGACCCCGAGGAAGAUCUACUGUGCAUAGCCAAGACCUUCUCCUACCUUCGGGAAUCUGGCUGGUAUUGGGGUUCCAUUACGGCCAGCGAGGCCCGGCAACACCUGCAGAAGAUGCCAGAGGGCACAUUCCUAGUACGUGACAGCACCCACCCCAGCUACCUGUUCACACUGUCGGUCAAAACCACCCGCGGCCCCACCAACGUGCGCAUUGAGUACGCCGACUCCAGCUUCCGCCUGGACUCCAACUGCCUGUCCAGGCCACGCAUCCUGGCCUUUCCAGAUGUGGUCAGCCUUGUGCAGCACUAUGUGGCCUCCUGUGCUGCAGAUACCCGAAGUGACAGUCCUGACCCUGCACCCACCCCGACCCUGCCUACCCCUAAGGAAGAUGCGCCUGGUGACCCAGGCUUGCCUGCAACUGCUGUGCACCUGAAACUGGUGCAGCCUUUUGUGCGCAGAAGCAGUGCCCGAAGCCUGCAGCACCUGUGCCGCCUCGUCAUCAACCGUCUGGUGGCUGAUGUGGACUGCCUGCCACUACCGCGGCGUAUGGCUGACUACCUCCGACAGUACCCUUUCCAGCUCUGA